AUGGCUGAGAAGAUAAACAACCGUAAGCUAUCAGAUAAACCUAAGGUGUUUUCCUUGAGAAAGACCCUCCGUUACUUAAGUCAGAAAGUGUUUUGGAGCUCAAUCUCUAUUUUGCCUAUUAGUAGUGUCCGUCGGAUUAAAAAUAUUAUGUCCAAUUUUUUGGGGAAGGGAGCUUCUCUUUCUGAAGGGGGAGCCCAGAGUGCUUGGAGUUCAAUAUAUUAUCUGCGAAAGGAAGUCCCUCUUGGUGUUGGAGGAAGGUUCUGCAAAGUCGGGAGAGGUGUCGUCACCUUUUGUCGAUAUCAAAUUGGAGAUGGGAAGGAUGCGGCUUUAUGGACAGAUUUUUGGCUACCAAAUGGGCCUUUAUGUGAGAUAAUUUCGGUAAGGAGGGCUACCUCGACUGGCUUGCCAUGGAAUGCACGGGUGGAGUGUAUAAUCUUGGGCUCGAGCUGGCGAUUUCCAAGGAAAAUUGAUGAGUUGCAUCAUGUUUGGGAUACCAUUGAUUUUCAGCCUAAGCGGCCAUGGCUGAAAGAUAAGCUUGUUUGGCGUGGGAUGAGCUCAGGUCUAUUUUCUAUUAAUUGUGCAUAUGAGAGGAAAUUAGGCAUACGAGAGCUGAAAAUACUAUCCAUCAUGUUAUAUGGUAUAAAGGUCAUAUUCCAAGGGGAGAAUGAGACACAUGCACAUCUUUUCUUUGAUUGUAUAUAUGCUGCUGAUGUCUGGCGUAUGAUCAAGGCUAAAACUGGUGUAGUUUGGCCGAGAUUAACAUGGGCUGAUUUAGGAGUUUGGGCAAGCAACUCUCUAAAAGCCCAAACCCUAGUUAACAUGGUUACAAACCUUUGUCUAUUUGUCUCAGUUUAUGAAAUUUGGUAUAAGCAGAACUCGCGGCGCCAUAAUGCACUCUCAAGGCCAGUCGCUUUUGUGGUGGAUUUUAUAUGUGAGAAGGUGAGGAGUAAGAUUCAGAGUAUGCUGCCUUUAAAGGACGGACGGCGGUACCCAGCUUUGUUAGAGGCUUGGAGACUUGUGGAAGAAGUGGCAAACGCAUGA